CUACACCUCGCCAACAUCGCUACACCUCCCCUUUUGGACUCUUGAGACUCCCGUCUGGUUAGCCGUCCUUGUUUGUGGAGGGGACGAGCCAGAGCGGACGGGGGAGUAGUCCACUGUUUCAUGCCGACUAAGAAACCAAAGAACGAAAGCCGGCAGCACGACAAUACCAACUCGAAAGGCCUUGCACCGCCUGGCAAGCGGGUCGUCAGACAGCGCUCGAACGGACAGCUCAACGGACAACCCAAUGGCAAGUCGACCAUCGCAGUCACGCCCCCUGCGCUGCCCUCGACUGGCUUAAACCAAGGCUUCAAGUUUCCACGAUCCGCAGACACCACAGCUCCAGGGACUGCUGCUGCCACCGCCAAAGAUCAUGCGGCAGCAUCGGAGGGAGCGGAAAGAGAGAGGACUGCUUCAGACGCUUCUGCUGAGGAAGUAGGACCGCACGGCGAAAUGGCAGACAGCGCACACGAGCUGAACGUAGGCACCCCCAGCUUGGAGGUGCCCGCCUCGGCAGCAUGCAAGACAUCUACACAUGCUCCUGGCUCGUUGUUCUCUGUCUCCACCAUUCUGGCAUACUAUCCGCUGCGCGACGCCAUCUCUAUCCUCAUCCUGCUCCUCUCGCUUCCUCCAACCCUGGUCCUGUUCAUCCAAACUCUCUUCGCUUCGCUCACCUUCGUCCCACCGACCGCCGGCCUGUCUCUUUCCACUCUACCAAAUGUCAAGGAGAUGUUCAAUUCGUCAAACUUCGGAUAUCCCGCAUUGGCGACGAUAUUGUUCGUGGAUUGCUUCUUUGGUCUCGUCUGGCUACCGCUUUGGAAACCUGCUCAGGCUAUCUUUUUGGACUUGUCCCAAGCAGUCAUUGCAGUUUCUCUGAGCGGCGCAGCGGCGAGCACUGGUGGCCCGACGCACAGUAUAGCGACCUGUACUCUCAUCGUCUGCAUCGUCCAUGUGCUUCGGUACAGAGCGAUACAUCUGACCGCUUUGGACUACCUCCGAUCUGUGCUACAUAAAUUGGACAUUGGCAUUGCUCUCGAUGGUCCAGUUUUUGCGCAGUCUUCUUAUCCUUUUCAGAAUACUGAACGCGGCAUGUUCUUCAAUGCUGCCCGCGUUCUUCUUGGAAUACACAUCGUUUCUCAAGGCGUCACGACAUGCAUUAGACGCACCCUCGCAAACGCCAAAGCUAGCGAGAAGGACCUUAACGUACCGGCAAUCACUAAAACCGACACCGAGGCCAUUGCUGGCGCAGAACCUCCCACUCGGACCGGUUCUGGCAUUGUCGAAGGAUCUCAGCCUUCGCAUGCAUACGCUAGUACCGAUGGCCGACCUCCUGGUCAACCACCCUCGCAUCGCGAAAGCAAACAGCGCGAAUCGAGCAGCAAAAAGAAAAGGAAGCAGGCCAACCAGGUUCGGAGCCAGCAACCACUCUGGGCUGCUGUUGCUAGUACAAAAGUCACUUUCGUUAAGGAAAUGGAACAGCGAGAUGCGGCUGAUGAUGCACGAGAUGCCGCGAUUAUGAAUAACAACACAAGCAACACUUUUGUAAGCGCCACUAACACCACCAAUCGCAUCUGGAUAUGCGAAGUCCGCGACACCGAGAUCCUCUUCACCAUUGAGCUCUGUCCUGAAGCAGCCGCAGAACUUGCGGAUGACAAGGACGACUCGCCGUCUCUCACCACCGCAAUUGAUCGAUCGAAGCCCUUCUACAUUCGUGUGAAUGGGGCUGCUUGGAGCUCUACCAGGAUUUUAGAGGCGGAUGAUGAGGAGAAAGGAGGUCUCCGCUAUGACGGCGAGAUUUUUGGUCUGGCCCCGCUUAGCAGUUACCACUGUGAGGUAGUCAGCAUGGAAUCUCAGCGGAUCAUCUGCUCCGUCAGCCUCAUCACUCAGCCUGCGCCAUCAGCCGAACAGGCUGCUGCGGUACCCGCACAACCUCAGCACCAAGCACUUCGACCAUCAUCGCCGAUCACGACUCUGAAGCAAUCAAUUCAAUCCGCCGAAGCCAAACUCAACGAGGCCAGGAACCGUUCAAAGAGGACCAAGAGAGACCAGCGAGCAGCCCAUGCAGAUUUUCGGAAGGAGAUCAAUGCUUUGCGUUCGAAGUUGGAAUCGUCAACUGGCGCAGAUGACAAGCAAGAUCGACGUCUCAACCAAAUCAAGCAGCACAAGAACCAGGCAGAGGAGGCUACCAAGGAAUAUCAAGCACAAAUCGAGGCCCUUGGAGAGAUUCCUGCAGAUGAGCUGGCUGAGUCGCAGGUCAAGCGUCGUGCCUAUCAAUCCGCUUUAGACGCCGUCAAGGCCGCCGAGAGAGAGCUUGACAACGCCAAAGCCGAACAGGAGCGGGAGAAGGAUGCCUUGAGGUCUGACUUGGCCGCCGUACGAACGAAGAAGGAGAAGUUGUCAGCUCGAAUUGCACAGCGUACACAGGAGUUGGAAGAAGCCAAGUGUCAGCAUGCAGCCGACCUGACUGCGAGGCAGAGGCGUGACUUUGAACGAGCUCGCGAGCUUCAAGAGCGAGAGAACGCAGAGAAUGGGUUGAAAUUCCACAUUGCCGCCAUGGAACAAGAGCAGGCAACUUUCGCCCAGAAAACCCAGGAAGCCUACCACCAAGCCUUGGCUCUUUCGAAUUGGUCCGCUCCUCCAAGCUAUCCGGCAUACUCUUGUCCUCCAACACCAGAAAACGCAAACGGUCAAGUCAGUCCUCAAGCAAACGGCUUCCCUCCAACGACGUUCGGUCCACAACCCUUCAGCUCACCUUUCAAUCCCGCUGCAAUUCCUCACGGCACCCAAGCUCCUCGUGGCCGCAGCUCUUCCAUGCUAAGCCAAUACUCCGGUUUCACAGACAACGCUGAAGACUACCCUCAGCCCCAGCAUCAACAUUCCUGGCCCAUAUCAGGUGCCACCCUCGCCGGCGCCGCAUUGGAAGAUCGCAAAGAAAGCGACGGAGGUUCUGGCAGUGGAAGUCGAAGUGGAAGCGCGAGUGUCGUCAAUGGUACUGCUACUGCUACCUUGCUCACGGAAAAUGGAUCCAACAGUCCGAGACCUGAAGCCAAGCCUUUCAUACCUGGAGCUCCUUCUUCCAGCACUGCUACCUCUGUGGGAACGAUCGGUCCGCCUGGUGGGAAAAAGACUCCGGCUUCUCAGAGUCCUACUUUGACAUCUGGUGCGAUGAAUUGUGGUAGAUAGUGUGUGUUUUAGCUCCUUUACGAAACAAAUCCUGUGGCUUGUGAUGUUGUUUAAAAAGUACCGCUCUCCCUUCC